GUCAGUAUUCACAUAAAAUUCUAAUUGUAUUGGGUAGAUUCAUAUCAGCGAAUUUCAAAUUUAUUUGUUGAACUAUUGCGAUCCGAUCUGCGCAUUCCAUCAAUCUGGGGAAAUUUGGGAUGGAUGAAAGUUUGUUGCGCUGCAAAAUCAGAUGAGAAAAGGAGAAAAGUAACCAGCUAAAAACAGUUAAAUCUGCAUCUCAAUUCCCUCAGCUCUAUUAAAGAAAUCACAAUGAAUAGCAAUAGAUUGUUUCCAGGGGGUGUUGGCCUCUUCACAGGUUUCACACAUCUUUGUAAAGGUCUUGCAGUGGUACUUGUGAUUGGAAACGUUGUAUCCCAGAUUUUUCCGUCGACUAUCGAAUAUUUAGCUCUAGUUCCUGGGAAGACUGUCCCUUUUGCAUGGAAUCUAAUUACUGCAGGCUACUUAGAGCACUCAGUGUUUGGGUUGGUGCUAAGCAUAAUCGGCCUGCUUUUUAGUGGAAAACUACUAGAACCAAUAUGGGGUUCAAGAGAGUUUUUCAAAUUCAUUAUUGUUGUGAACUUUGUCACCUCAGUCAGUGUGUUCAUCACCACCAUCUUUUUGUAUUACAUUACAAGGAUGGAGAGUUUUCUGUACACCCCACUUUAUGGCUUCCAUGGAGUCUUGUCGGGGUUCCUUGUUGGAGUGAAGCAAAUUAUGCCUGAUCAAGAAAUGACUUUAUUUUUUGUUCUUAAGUUGCGUGCCCAGUGGCUGCCUUCCCUCCUGGUUUUGGUAUCCAUAAUUGUGAGUAUCUUGGCAACAGAGUCUACAACAUAUCUUCCUUUCAUAAUUUUUGGAACUUAUGGAAGUUGGCUAUACCUGCGAUACAUCCAAAAAAAGCCAGAAACAAAUUUGAAGGGUGAUCCAAGUGAUGAGUUUGCUUUUUCAACCUUUUUCCCUGAAAUAAUGAGACCUGUUGUGGAUGCGAUUGCUCGAGUUUGUGACAAAAUCUUCUGUGGGGGGUCUCAAAGUUUCAGUGAAGGAGAAGGAGACGGUGUAGGUGGGAUGCCUUUGCCAGGUUCUGAUCCCAUUGAGGCAUCUAGGAGAAGAGAACGUGGUGCUCGUGCUCUAGAAGAAAGGUUAGCUGCAGCAAAGGCAGGUGAAGCUGCCGCGGUAGAUGAUAGCUCACGACAAGAUGCAUCUGAGAAUGUCUAAUUGGUUACCAUGGAAAUGAUGUCUAAUUCCAGUCAAUAUUUUUUGGCAGUUUUCUAGUGGCAAUGUUUUGAGGGAUGUGAAAAUUACUGUAGUUCACAUGAAAGAUGCUUUUGCAAAUGUUAUUGUAAUUAGAUGGAACAAGGUAAUUCUGUUAAUAGGUUUCCUUUGUUAUAUUACUGAUUGAAGAAGACCUAUUCUACUCUUCCUUUGGACGUGUUAAUUGUGUGUGUGCAUGCACUCACACUUAUCACAGGUUAUAUGAAACACUAGAAGUCCAUAUGAUGUUGGGGUAAAGUCUGAUUAUAGAGUUUUCCCAACACCAAGAAAGUUUUUGCAUGGACUGGAGUCGUUUUAUCACUAAUCUUGUCAGAGUAGUUAAUAAUCUUCUAUUUACAUUUAGAGUAUGGAGAUUCUUUCCAAUAGAUUGUGUUCAAAGAAUUCAAUUGAAAGAGGAAGAGGUUUCAUUUGACCUAAAAUCUAUAGUAUUGGUCACCUAACAUGGUUUUCUUUGACCAUGUAAAAUUUCAUUUGCUUAUCCUGUAACAAAUUUAUAGAAAAUCAAGAAAAAUAAAAUUUCGAGGCAUUAAAUCUUGACUUGAAUGCCCAAACAUCUU